AUGCAAAUACGGGAGAGCGAGAACGGGGUGUACAUCUCGGGAGUGGAGGAGGUGGAGGUGACGUGCGUGGAAGAUUGCCUCAAGCUGCUGGCCGUCGGCGAGAGGAAUCGCACCGUCGCCUUCACAAAGAUGAACGCGCACUCGUCGCGCAGCCACGCCAUCGCGAUCAUCACGGUGGAGAAGAAGCGCCGGAAGGACGCGGAGAGCAGCGACUCUGAGGCGCAUUCCGGGCCUGCAACUGCUGCUGCCGGGCACGGGAGCGACGAGCACCGCAAGCCAGAGAAGAAGGACAAGAUUCUGGUGGGGAAGCUCUUCCUGGUGGACCUUGCAGGCUCAGAGCGGCUCAAGAAGUCAGGGUCGGAGGGUCUCAGAGCCAGCGAAGCCAAGAGCGUCAACCUAUCCCUGACUGUUCUAGGGAAGUGCAUCAACGCCCGAGCAGACCCCCACGCGCACCAUGUGCCGUUCAGGGACUCGAAGCUCACGCGCCUGUUGCAGGAGUCGCUGGGAGGCAACGCCAAGACAUCGCUAGUAAUCAACGUGGCGCCCACCGUCCACCAUCUCAACGAGUCCCUCUCCUCCCUGCUCUUCGGCUCCCGGGCGAUGGAGGUGAAGACGAAGGCGAUGGUGAACGAGGAGGAGGAGUACCGCAUCCUCACUCGCACCCUGCAGGAGACCAUUGACGAGCACGACGACCGCGUGCACUCCCUAGAGGUGGUGGUGUAUUCGCAGGAGGAGCAGCUGUCGCAGGCCAAGGCGAGUCUGGAGGAGCAGAAGGAGCUGGUGGGGGCGCUGCAGGCGGAGAGGGAGGAGAUGGAGCAGAAGCUGGCGGAGGGGGUGGCUGCAGUGGAAGAGGAAUGGGCCGCCAAGCUCGAGCAGGCUGAAACAGAAGCAAGGCAGCAGAUGGAGGAGGCACAGCAGACCUUUUCAGAGAAUCUUUCCAAGGCCACGGAGUGCCUUACAGUGGAACGGGACGAUAUGGCCAAAGAGCUGGCAUCGGCCCGAGAAAUGGUGCAGCGGCUGGAGCAGCAGCUGCAGGAGGCGCAGGAGGCGAAGGGGCACCUGGAGGAAGCCCUACUAGUCGCCUCCGAAUCAGGGGACGGCGCUGACGGCCCUGGCGCUGGGCUGCAGCUGCUGAUGACUGAGAAGGCGGCACGGCAGCAGGCAGAGCAGGAGGUGGCGGUGCUGAGAGGGGAGAUGAGCCGGGGACGGGUGAUGCUGGAGGAAACUGAGACGAAGCUGGCGCAGCAGAUAGAGGAAACGACACAGCGCGUUGAGCAUCUGAGGGCGCUCAAGGCGGAGAGCAAGAGGCUGAAUGAGCUCGCAGGCUCAACCACACUUCUGAUCUUCCUCCCGUUUUCCCUCCCUCUUGCUGUGCAUGUGCUCUUUUCAACCCAGGAAACCACACAGCGCACUGAGCAGGUGCGCGCGCUCAAGGCGGAGAGCAAGAGGCUGAAUGAGCUCGCAGGCUCAACCACACUUCUGAUCUUCCUCCCGUUUUCCCUCCCUCUUGCUGUGCAUGUGCUCUUUUCAACCCAGGAAACCACACAACGCACUGAGCAGGUGCGCGCGCUCAAGGCGGAGAGCAAGAGGCUGAAUGAGCUCGCAGGCUCAACCACACUUCUGAUCUUCCUCCCGUUUUCCCUCCCUCUUGCUGUGCAUGUGCUCUUUUCAACCCAGGAAACCACACAGCGCACUGAGCAGGUGCGCGCGCUCAAGGCGGAGAGCAAGAGGCUGAAUGAGCUCGUGGUGGCGACCAGCAGGGCGCUGGUGGCAGGAGCAGCCGACGCUGCUGGCAGGGCUCUGUCGUCCCUUGAUUACCACUUCUGCGCUCCCAAGAUCAAGACCUGA